AUGACGCCAUUUACACAACCAUUGCAUGGCCUGAUCAAAUGCCUCGCACUCAUCCUACUCGCCACAACCCUGCUGGCUGACGCCGCUGUGGUCCAUGGCGACGCACAGCAGACCCGAAAACAGAAAGACCAAAAGGAUGUCACGGAUAGGACUGUAUCCGAAGCCCUGUUCGUCGAACUCGAGGAGUCAGCACGCCUGGCGGAUAUCGCUUAUUGCGUUGGGACAACUGGAAUCCACAAUCCGUUCGGAUGUCUGAGCCAUUGCGAGGACUUCAAGGGGUUUGAGCUCAUUACAACCUGGAACACAGGCCCUUUACUCUCCGAUUCCUGCGGAUACAUCGCUCUGUCACACCCGCCCGCGGCGAAACGUAUAAUAAUCGCUUUCCGCGGCACAUACUCGCUGACGAAUACCAUAAUCGACCUCUCAGCCGUUCCGCAGACGUACAUCCCCUACCCAACCGACGGCAACAAUAACACCAGCAAGGGAUCAACAAUCGAACCAAGGAAAUGUCAAAAUUGCACCGUCCACGCCGGAUUCUGGACAUCAUGGAAAAACUCUCGCGACACGGUUCUUUCUGCCGUGACGCAGUCGCGCGAGAUGUACCCGGAUUACGAAGUAAUGCUCAUCGGACAUUCUCUCGGCGGCGCAGUGGCUGCAUUGGCCAGUCUGGAAAUGUAUACGCGCGGCCUGGAUCCGCACGUCACCACCUUUGGCGAGCCCAAGGUCGGAAACGACAAGAUGGCCGAUUUCAUCAACGAGAUUUUCAAUCUUUCGAGCGAAAAAAGGGGGGAUGAUACGCAAAUUCGAUACCGACGCAUAACGCAUGUAAACGAUCCGGUGCCUCUUCUCCCGCUGGCGGAAUGGGGAUAUGUGCCGCACGCAGGUGAAAUUUUCGUCUCGAAACUUGAUCUUCCGCCUUCACGUGAGGAUGUCGAACACUGCACUGGGAAUGCAGAUAAGCGGUGUAUAGCUAGUAGCGAGGGAAAUGGCGAAGAAGAGAAAGUGGUGGAUUUCUCUCUGCUAGCUUUGGGUAUGCAGCAACAGCAGGAGAUUCUAUCAUCUACAACACCAUCCGAAGAAGACGAAGUGAGGACGCAAUGGUCCCUGGUAUCAGCCCGCUAUCGAAUCUGGGAAUUAUUCUUUGCGCAUCGCGAUUACUUCUGGAGAAUUGGUCUGUGUGUUCCUGGCGGGGAUCCUAGUUCUUGGAGAUGGACGUAG